GCACGGCUUUCCCGAAUAAUUCAGGAAAGAGAAAGCGGCACCAUGAUUUCUGAGGAGGGGGAAACAAGGCCAUAGCCCUUCGAUUUACCUCCUCCUAUCUGCGGCUGCAGGUGGUGUCUGUCCCCACACGCGGAGAAGAGAGAGGGAGGGAGAGACUGGUCCUCUUCCUGGGACUCCAUUGGUGUAAAAGGGAGGAGGGGAGGGGAAGAGAAGAAGACUCCCCACCGCCUUAGUCUGUCUGUCCAUAUCUCUCUGCGUUUCUCCCUGUUUGAAUCGAAGAAGAGGACAACCAUGGGGGGAGGCAAUGGUCAGAAGGCCAAGAUGGCGCGUGAGAAGAACCUAGAGAAGAUGAAGCCCUCCAAAGGAAGUCAGCUGGAUUCGAACAAGAAAGCGAUGACCAUCCAGUGCAAGGUAUGCAUGCAGACAUUUAUAUGUACAACAUCGGAAGGGAAAUGCAGGGAACAUGCAGAUGCAAAGCACCCCAAGGUGGAUGUUUAUCAAUGCUUCCCCCAUCUCAAGAAAUAAGGCUCAGUUGGUCUACUGUUCUACUACAGAAGAUGAAAGUAUCACAAUAUGCAAAAGCUUCCAAGACUUUGAGAAACAGUUGUCUGGAACCUUAUUCCCGUCUCUAGACGCUUUGUAUUGCUUGUGAUGUCUAUAUAUAAAACGGGGAGAUGUUAAAUCCAAAGUGACACUUUCUUCUGUGGAUUGUCCAGCUUAGUUGCAACACCAGAAACUGGUAACGACGUUUCAUAUGGAACUUCCGAAUUUGCUUUUGAUUCAAUUUAUUUUA